ACAGAAUCCCAAACUUUCUUUUCCUCUCUCCCAUUCUCCCGAUCCCUCCUCUCCUUUUUCCGCCAAGAUGUCCACUUCCACCGUCACAUCCAUUCCUCGUCGGUCCGUUUUAGUUUGAUUGUUGUCACUUUCUUGUUUAAAUCGGGAAAAUGGGUUAUUCUCAAGCAUUUGAAUUUUGAGGAAGAGGAAAAUGUAGCUAAUUAGGAAAUUUUUUACCGUUCAUGCGUAAUACUAAGAGUCCAUUCUCAUAAGAGCAUCUGAAACGUUCUUUUCCCUCCAUUAUUUUCCUAUUGCUCAGCUGUGAAACCCACAAUGAAUCCUACGAUUCUCCUAGGGCUGAAAUCCUCAAUUUCAGUUUUAAUCAAAAUGCCUCUCUUCUGUUCCUUGUUCUUGUGAUGCUACCUAUUCUUCUGUAGAUUUAGUUUGAUCGUUGUUACCUUCUUGUUUAAACAGGGGAAAUGGGUUUAUUCUCAAGCAUUUGACAUAAAUCUGUUGCAUACCGCAGCAGUCAUGGAGAGAAGAGAAGAAAUCAAUAACUCUGGACUUUCUAAAUCUAGCAUGUUGUUUCAUAUUUCUUAGUUCUUAUUCUUCAAAUGGGUUUAAUGAAGUUUUAGUGUGCGAUCAGUUUCUUUAAUUUCUUGCAUCUCUUAAUAAUUCUUUGGAAUGGGUUGUGGACAACUUUCAGGGAAAACCGUCCUCAUGUUGUUUUUCUGUUUAUGGGGUACAUUAUGAUCAUGGUCUUGUAGGAAGUUGAAGAGGUAUCACCAGAGCUUCUGUCCCCUAUCUUGGGCAGUUUAAGAAAGGGGAACCAGGUGAUCUCUAUUCUUUUUCCUUUUAAAGUUGUAUAUUGAUUUGAUAAUCAGAUAACUACUUUCUUUUUCUCCACCACCAGAGUGUUCUGCCUAUUUCACGGAAGCAGGGUGAGAGGGUGAUUGAAAAUUGUGUUUCAAAGCUUGUACCCUACAUGCAUCAAGGAGUGCAAUAUGUGGGCUUUCCUUUAGAUGAUUAUGGUAAACUUGUUGCCUAUAUAUGUGCGCAAAAUCGUGGGACUCCGGAUCACAAUAAAGUAAAUUCUUUUCAAGGUACCAGUGCUGAGAAACAUCUGAAGAGCAGUUGCAAUCAAGGGAUUUGUAAUUCAUCUUCAGUCAACCAGUCUAUCAAGUCUGGACAUGUUUGUUCUCAACAAUGGAGAGGUAGAAAAAUCGGAGAAGGAAAAUCUAGGAUGACGAAGGCUUGUUUAGCUCCGGAUGAUGGUAAACCUUUUGUUAAGAAUUUGAUUGGUUCCAGAAUCAAAGUCUGGUGUGCAGAAAAACAUGCAUGGAAAUUUUGAACUAACGAUGAGUUUGAAGCUUUCAACUCCAAGGGUUACAUUGUUUGAGAAUGAUUCUUACGCUAAUUAUAACUUCUUAAUUUUUUUAUUUUGUUACUAUCUCCAUGAUUAGGUUAGUAACUAUUCUUUAAUUUUAUUUAGUUGCAUGAAGUGGGUAAGGGCUUUGGGUUACUUUAGAUGAUGAUUAUUGAUUGUGCUGUGUGUUUGAUUUUGUGUUUAUGGCUUAAUUUUUAUAUUGUGGCAUGAGAUGUUAGAUUGGUGCUAUGCCAAAUUAUGUGAACUUUAGGUUGGUCCUUCGAAGUGUGAAUUUGAUUGGAAUUUCGGAAUUAUGUCCCCUGUGUGACAGUCCACUUGUUUGAGCAUUAUCUAGAAUUCCACAACUCCAAAUGAGGCGAAAUCUGAACCUAUAGAAACUUUGAUCCGUCCUCUAAAACUAUUUAUUUAGGCCUAAUUAUGCUGUUUUGGAAGUAAAAUUGAGUAUUAGAUUUUCAUGGUCAAUCUGACCUGAGAGAUUGACGUAUCUACAAUGUUUUAUUUAGUCCUCCUUGUUCACUUUUUCAAAUGGCACAAGACCAAUUUGAAUGAAACUAGACUUAAUGUCCUUGUGAUGUGGAAAAAAUGGUACUAGUAAUGCUUCCUAGAAUUUUUUGAGAAAAUUUUGAGUAGAGCCUCAGAAAUCUGUCAUAGAUGACAGUUUGUUGAUUAUGUGUAAAUAGUAGUUUUAGAUGAUUAAUUGCUUAAGAAAAUCUUCUUUUUUUUAUGCCAUGU